CGUGCGCCCCGCUCCUCUCCUUCUCUGGCGCGGUAGGAGGGAGGUCGAGCUCGGCGCGUCGCAGCGACAACACCGAGACUUCACUUUUACAGCCGGCGAGACUUCACCCCGUCAACUCGGCGACUCUGACGCGGGAGUGGGAGAGAGAAAAGGGGGAGGUUGUGGGAUGGAGACGCAGUAGUGCUGCCGCACGGAGGGAACCGUCAUACUGCAGCCGCAUCUCGGAUCACUGGCGACCGGCAGCGACACUUUGUCUGGUGGGUAACGGAUUAAACUGAGGCGGUGGGAUUCAUGUGUACAAUUCUCGGCAAACAGAACAGCAUCGCGGAAGAGUGUGAAUUGGAUGCCGUAUAUUUCUGACUGGAUGUGAGCCGACCUUGACCCUUUAAAACUGAAGAUGAUGUUGCUAUGGAAAGUGUUGGGGCUGCAGUCACUUGUUUGGAGCCUUGCAGCGAGCACCGUCCUGCAGAGUCCUGUCUUCACCAAACAGCCUGGCAGCAUCGUGUACCCGGUAGAAUCUCUGGAGAAGAACAGAGAGGUGGUGUUCAGCUGUGAAGCUCAAGCAAGCCCAUCUCCAGUCUAUCGAUGGAAACUUAACGGCACAGAACUCAGUCCCAGUUCUGGAUCUCACUACAGCCUGUCUGGAGGCAACCUCAGAAUCAGUCAUCUGAGCAAAGACCAAGAUGCCGGGACAUAUCAGUGCCUUGCCGCCAAUACUUUCGGGACAAUCGUCAGCCGAGAGGCCAGUCUAACAUUUGCAUACUUGGAGAACUUCAAAACCCACAGAAGAAGUUCGGUUUCGGUCCGGGAAGGUCAAGGAGUGGUCCUGUUGUGUGGCCCUCCACCACAUUCUGGAGAUCUGGAAUUUACCUGGAUUUUCAACGAGUAUCCGACUUUUGUGAAGCAGGACACUCGUCGCUUUAUCUCGCAGGAGACGGGGAAUCUAUACAUCGCUAAAGUCGAACCCUCGGACGUGGGCAACUACACCUGUGUCGUGACCCACCCCGUGACCAAGACUCGGGUCCAGGGCCCACCGACACCGCUGGUGCUCCGAACUGAUGGUGUGAUGGGCGAGUACGAGCCAAAGAUUGAAGUUCAGUUUCCCGAGGUCGUUCACGUUGCCAAAGGGUCCACUGUGAAGCUGGAAUGCUUCGCGCUUGGAAACCCUGUGCCUUCCAUUAGCUGGAGAAAAGUGGACGCCACACCUUUCCCGAGGAAGGUGGACAUGAGGAAAGCGAGCGGCGUUCUGGAAAUCCCUUACUUCCAACAGGAGGAUGCUGGCACGUACGAGUGUGUGGCGGAGAAUUCCAGGGGAAUGAACACAGUGAAAGGAAAGCUCUCGUUCUAUGCUCCUCCUCAACUCAUUGAGAAACCUCAAGAUGUCCAGAAGCUCAUUGAUGACUCGUUGGUGUGGGAAUGUAAAGCUACAGGGAAGCCGAAACCCUCCUACAGGUGGAUGAAAAAUGGAGAGAACCUGGAGCCUGCAGAGGAGCGUGUACAGGUGAGCAACGGGGCGCUGUCGAUAAGUCGCCUGACCCUGUCGGACACGGGGAUGUACCAGUGCGUCGCCGGGAAUAAGUAUGGCGAGGUCUACUCCAACGCGGAGCUCAGGGUGAUAGCUGUUGCUCCAGAUUUCUCCCAUAACCAACUUAAAAGCCAAACAAUGGUCAAGGUUGGAGGCGAUGUGCUUAUCGACUGCAAACCCAAGAUGUCUCCAUGGGGCGUGAUCUCAUGGAGGAAGGGCAGCGAACCACUGGAAGACAGCAAAAGGGUUUCCAUUUUGGUCAAUGGCAACCUCCGCAUAUGGAACAUAACCAAAUCAGACGACGGCCCUUACACCUGCAUGGCAAGGAACCAGUUUGGCGUGGCCACCAGCACGGGAACCAUCACAGUUAAAGAGCCGACGAUCAUCACCACAUUGCCUGUCACGCUGGAUGUCACUGUGGGGGAGAGUGUGGUCCUACCUUGUCAAGUCAGCCACGACCCUUCCCUGGAACUCAAGUUCACCUGGUUCUUCAACGAGCAGCUCAUCCACUUUGGCAGCCAUGGAGGAUUUUUUGAGAAAGUGGGCGGCCAGCAUUCAGCAGGAGACAUGAUGAUUCGAAACAUCCAGCUGAGGCAUGCGGGGAAGUACACGUGCGCGGUGCAGACCAAGGUGGACAGCAUCUCUGUGGCCAUUGACUUGGUUGUCAGAGGGCCCCCCGGCUCCCCUACCAGCAUCCAAGUAGAAGAAAUCACAGAUACCACUGCGACUUUAUCCUGGAGGCCCGGCGCUGAUAAUCACAGUCCAAUUACCGCCUUCGCCAUCCAGGCCAGGACACCGUUUUCCCUGGGGUGGCAGGCUGUCUCCACAGUUCCCAAAGUGGUAGGGGGCCACCGUCUGACAGCUACAGUAAUAGAACUGAGCCCCUGGGUGGACUAUGAGUUUCGAGUCCUGGCGAGCAACACAAUUGGGACGGGCGAGCCCAGCAAGCCUUCCAAACAAGCAAAGACAAAGGCGACUCCUCCAAUGGUCACACCAGCGAACGUAAGCGGCGGCGGUGGGAGUCGUUCGGAAUUAGUCAUCACAUGGGAGCCUGUUCCAGAAGAGCUACAGAAUGGACCGGGGUUCGGCUAUGUUGUGGCUUUCCGACCCCUCGGUGCCACGGGUUGGAUGCAGGCCGCCGUACCGUCUGCCGACACAUCCAGAUACGUCUUCAAAAACGAAAGCAUCCAGCCCUUUUCACCUUUUCAUGUGAAGGUCGGAGUUUACAACAACGAGGGAGAAGGUCCCUUCGGAACGGUCGCGGCGAUCUACUCGGCAGAGGAAGAGCCCGGCCGAGCACCAACGAGGGUACGUGCCAAGAGCCUCUCAGCAUCCCAGAUUGAAAUUGCAUGGAAGGCUCUUCCCUGGAAUGCAAAUAAGAAAAGAGUGCUGGGCUAUGAGCUGAGAUACUGGGGCAGAGGCGAAAAGGAAGACGCGGCCAAUGUGCAAAGAACUGUGGGGAAUCAGACGUCGACUGUUAUUCACGGCGUGAAAGGCAGCACUUCGUAUUACGUCUCGGUGAGGGCGUACAACACCGCGGGUGUCGGACCUCCCAGCGGCACCGUCAGCAUCACCACCAAAAAGCCUCCGCCCAGUCAGCCUCCUGGUAAAGUGAUGUGGAACACGUCCAACUCCAAGAUAAUAUUGAACUGGGAGCAGGUUAAAGCCCUGGAGAAUGAGUCCGAGGUCACCGGUUACAAAGUGCUGUACAAGAAGAACCAACACGGUCGCCCCAAUGUCAUGGAGACAAACACCACCUCCGUGGAGCUCACGCUGCCCACCAAUGAGGAUUACAUCAUCCAGAUAAAACCCUUUGGCGAGGGAGGUGAAGGCAGCAGUAGUCGGCAGAUCACCAUCCCGAGGAUACCAGGUCCCAACGCGGUGGGCUCAGCGUCCAAGGUCUCCACACUGUCAGCCCUGAGUACAAUAGCACUGUCUUUCACAGCGCGGACAUCUUUAUGACAAACAGCUCCCGGUAGACCUUGUAUCAGAAGUGGAGACAGUCUUCAGCAGAUGAUAGACACACUCUGGUGUAACUACACCCACUCAUUUUGAUUUACCGUAGAGGCAAAAAGGAAUACACAGACGCGGGGGUUGGGGGGGUAGGGGGCAAAGUAUGUGACGUCUGGGAAGGAGUCCCCGACAACACCUUGGUAUGCGCGAGAGCUCGACAGACGUCACGGCCGUCUUGUAACCAAAGCAGCUUUAAUAAGGAGAGGACGAGAAAAUGUUGUGUGUGCUUCGUUUUGUACGACAUGCCAAGAGUUUAUUUUUUAUUUAUUUUAUUAUUUAUUAUUUUUUUCUUUCAAAACUAAAUUUAAUGCCAGUCCGUGCAUAUUGGAACAAAUGUAUUGAAGUAACAAAUAGCAUAGGAAUGGAACGUGACAAUGAGACUAUCGUCUCAAAAAACCAACAUAUAUUACAUAUACACAUUUUAUUUUGAACAAUAUUUUGUCUCAUUAGGAGAAUCUCAAAGAAAGAAAGAACACAAUGAUAAGACUUUAAAGGGGAACUGCACUUUUUUCGGAAUUUUGCCCAUUAUCCACAAAACCUUUAUGUGAAACAAGAACACAUGUAUUUCUCUUUUCUGUGCAAUCUAAACCAUAACAAACUGCUAGCAAGAGGCGGCUAUCCAAAAAAUCCAAAAAACAUCCAAAAACCACCAACAACGCUCCAUUGACAUGCCAUGACCUGCAUAUUAACCAAGCUAUAGCGACAUUGAUACUGUUCUGGAUAGGGUUGUACAGCAUACAGGGAUUAGUAUAGUACCGCGAUACUAAUGAAUCAUUUUCGGUACUAUAUCGCCUCUGAAACGUACUGGUCCCGCAAUUGAUACCCAAAUUUGCGGUAUCAUCCAAAACUAAUGUAAAGUAUCAAACGACAGAAGAAUAAGUGAUUAUUACAUUUUAACAGAAGUGUAGAUAGAACAUGUGAGUGAGCAGAUAUUAACAGUAAAUAAACAAGUAGAUUAAUAAUUAAUUUUCUACCAUUUGUCCUUAAUAAUGUUAAUAAAAUAAUAGAAUGGAAAAUGACACAAAAUGUUACUGCAUAUGUCAGCAGACUAAUUAGGAGCCUUUGUUUGCUUACUUAUUUUGAAGUGACAAAAACGUGCCAUCCAAACAAUACGCCGUUUGUUGACAAGAAGCUAUGACAGCCAUCAAAGCACAUUGAAUGUCUUUGUCAUCCAGAGGUAACAAUCUGACGAAAAGAUUAAAAAGAGCUGGCGUCAAAAGUCCCGAUGCUAACUGCUAAAGCUAACAAACACAGCUCCAUCGGAAACCCUUGCUCACGUCACUAAGCAACAGGCCCCGCCUUUUAAAAAGCACACACAAGGACAUAAGGUGUCUAAACGGCAUAUGCAAAAUAUUGGAAGUUUUAUUUUUAAGUAAAGUAUUCAUUACUUUCCCUAGAGUUAAUUAAAUUUUUUAAAGAGUCAUUUUGUUAGUAAUUCAAUUACUUUUUUAGUAAUGUAACGAGGAACUAUAAUUAAUUAAAGUAAUUUUCAGAACACUGUUUAAAGUUAAAAAGUUAAAGUACCAAUGAUUGUCACACACACACUAGGUGUGGCGAAAUUCUUCUCUGCAUUUGACCCAUCACCCUUGAUCACCCCCUGGGAGGUGAGGGGAGCAGUGAGCAGCAGGGAAUCAUUUUUGGUGAUUUAACCCCCAAUUCCAACCCUUGAUGCUGAGUGCCAAGCAGGGAGGUAAUUUAGCAUGUAUCUAAAACGAUGUUGGAUUUUUUUGAGAAAUAAAUCGGGUCCCCUUUACCUGUAUUGUUAUCCGCUUCUUGCUAGCAGUUUUCGACUAUUUAGAACGCACAAAAAAGAGAAAGAUGUGUGUUCUUGUCUCGCAUACGCAAAAUUCUCCCUUAAAAAAAAGUGUGGUUCCCUUUUUAAGGACAAUAUUCACAGUGCAUACAUGAUGAAUAGAAAGUGUCCACAAAGGGAUUUUAUAGUGAAAUGAUAAGGGGUCAUUAAUCAAACUAAUUUAGUCUAGAUCAGGGGUGUCCAAAGUGCAGCCUGGGGGCACAUAUGCGUCCCAGAGUAGAGCAUUAUACAAAUUUCCUCAAAAAUGAGACCUGAAAACCAAAAUGUCCAGGGCCACUCUUCCCUCCGUGCAGAUGGCGCACCUUGGCCCUGUUUCGUGUGAAGAAGCGCAUGUAAAAUGUCCAAAAAUGCAUCACUGGUAGGAAUGUAAUGACAAAUUGGUCCCACUAGCUCCUGUGGCGCACAAAAGCAGUGGCACAGGGUACGAAUCCUGGUCAGAAUUGAGUUAGGAAGGUUUAAAAACUUGUUAUUUUGCACACAAAAAAAAUAGUUAUUAAACAUAGUCUGUUCUUUUGGAAAAACAACAUGCAUCACAUUAAAUUCAAGUUUGAUUUAAAAAUAUAAUAAUCAUUUCACACGAAUAAAAAAGUGAAAACAUUUGUUAAUGGGGGAGCCCAUCCAUCCAUCUUCUUCUGCUUUUCCAAGGUCGGGUUGCGGGGGCAGCAGCCUAAGCAGAGAAGCCCAUACUCCACGUGGCCCUAAACACUACACGAUUCGAUUCAUAAUUGAUUGUUGAUUCAAAACAAUUCUUCAUUCAAAAUCAAUACUUUUUAAUAACAUUGGAUGCCAGUUCUAUGAUUAAUGACAUUCCUCCAUAAAAUAGAUAAACAUCUGUGAUACAUUUCUAUAUUAUUUAAAAGAAACUGGUUUUGUUUAAUACAAUUCCACCCAAUCAGGCGACAGGAGAAGUAUCCCACACUUCUAUUUUCUAAAGUGAAUCUGUACAGCAGAAAUGGACGUCUACAUCAACAAUAUGGUUUUCCUCAGGAACUGAACAGGACAGAUUUUUAAAAAAAAUUUUUUUUUUUAGAUUUUUGAUCGGUUAAGAAUCGUUACAGAUAAGGAUCGCAAUUCACCCCUAGUAAACACCUCCUCAGGAAUGCGUCCGGGGUCCUCUUGAUGUGGAGGAGCAGCGGCUUUACCCUAUCUCUAAGAAAGAGCCCUACCACCCGACAGAGGAAACUCAUUUCAGCCGCUUGUAUCCUUAAAACAAGUAAAA